AUGUCGACCGACAUGCCCUACCCUUUUGCCCCAGGCGAGUGGCUCCCACCACUCAGCCGAGUCUUCAACUACGUCAACAACCUUCGAGACGAGUGUCUCAAGGAUACAUCAUAUCCUAAAGACCAACCGCACUCUCUUGAUCUCAAGGAAAAAUAUCCGAAAGUCAUCACUGACUUCAGGGACCUCGUCGAGAAUGACCCCGGUCUCAAAGAACUAUCCAUAAAAAUGUUUGACGAAAUACCUCGAUUCGAAAACGAUCCCACCAAAUUCUAUAAUGUACGGAGUUUUGAUGAGGCCUUGAUGAUUUUCAACAUCAUUCUGUUUCAGUCACCAUCUGUGAUGUCCCUGAACUCGGGACUAAGUGGCAUUACUGUGCCGUUUAACGCAGUCUUGAACUGGCCAGCGAAUACACCCAGCGGAAAUGAGUUCUUUUUGAAUAAGGACGUCAACAAGAAGAUUAAGGACAUAAUUAAUCAAUGGGGGGCCUUCCUCCAGUCCCCCGCCUCCCGAGAGCAUCUCAAUACAAGUCCUGACGGAGGCUGGUUUUCUCCCGCGUAUGUCAGCCGAAUGAAGGACUACGCCCAAUGGGAUGGGCCUAUCGAGGAGCUCUAUGUGCUCGACCCCGAAAAGCCAUACUGGGGUUUCAGUUCCUGGGAUGCUUUCUUCAUCCGCAGGUUCCGUCCAGGACGACGACCAGUCCAUGAAAGCGACGAGCCGGAUGUUUAUAUUGUUAGUCCAUGCGAAGCCGGGCCACAAGUGGAAGAGGGUAAAAAGUACCCCCAAGAUGUCCGCACGAAGGUUCAAGCCCGUGAUACGUUCUGGUUGAAAGGCCAGCCGUACUCAAUCUUCGAUAUGUUGAAUAAUGACGGGCUAAGUCGACGCUUCGUUUUCGGUACCGUUUAUCAGGGCUGGCUUAGCUCUGCAUGCUAUCACCGUUGGCAUGCACCUAUUUCUGGAACGAUCAAGAAAGUUGCGCUUGUGCCGGGUACUUAUUACUCCACAGUCAUGUCGCAUAAUUAUCCCGAGCCAGAUCCGUCUGGUCCCAACCUUUCCCAGCUCUAUCUGGCUUCGGUGGCUACUCGAGCGCUUAUAUUUGUCGAGGCCAAGUACAAGCCUUUGGGGCUGGUGUGCUUUAUUGCCAUCGGGAUGAAUGAAAUCUCUAGUUGCGAGGUCACGGUGAAGGAGGGUGACCGUGUAACCAAGGGAGAAGAGAUAGGCAUGUUCCACAUGGGUGGCUCGGCUUUCUGCCUGCUUUUUGAGAAGGGUGUUGACCUGAAGUUUGAGGAUGUGCCGAAGGAUAACAAUCCUCACGAGUUGUUCAAACUUAACAGUCGUUUAGCACAGGUUAUAGUAUAA